AUCUCCGGGCGGCGUGGGCCUGGCCGGCGCCGGGGAAGUGUAGUCCGGACGGGGCUGGAGACUGGACGCCGCCUUCACUGGAAGGGGGCGUGUGGCGCGCGUACUUGGUGGGAAACGCUCCUCAGAAGGUUACACACUCCCGGCUUCCAGAAGUUGCGCGGACCCGCGGAGUCACGACCAGCGCUAAGCUUGCCGGGGAGUGCGGCGCAGGCCGGAAGUGCGGCGCGGUCGACACAGGGCUCGCCGGAAAAUGUAGUCCCUCGGGGCGGCCCGGGGCGGUGGCCACACGUCCCGCGGACCGGGUGGCCGAUCGGGCGUGGACCCGUCAUGGCUGGGCCGGGGAGCUCGGGAGGCCCUAUCGGGGCCGGGGCCCUGGCAGGCAGCGCACGGUCCAAGGUAGCCCCGAGCGUGGACUUUGACCACAGCUGCUCGGACAGUGUUGAGUACCUGACACUCAACUUCGGGCCCUUCGAGACAGUGCAUCGUUGGCGGCGCCUCCCGCCCUGCGAUGAGUUCGUGGGGGCCCGGCGCAGCAAGCACACAGUGGUGGCCUAUAAAGAUGCCAUCUAUGUAUUUGGUGGAGACAAUGGGAAGACCAUGCUCAACGACCUCCUGCGGUUCGACGUGAAGGACUGCUCCUGGUGCAGGGCCUUCACCACCGGCACCCCGCCAGCCCCCCGCUACCACCACUCGGCUGUUGUCUACGGAAGCAGCAUGUUUGUCUUCGGGGGCUACACUGGGGACAUUUAUUCCAAUUCUAACUUGAAGAAUAAAAAUGACCUUUUUGAAUAUAAGUUUGCAACUGGCCAGUGGACGGAGUGGAAGAUUGAAGGACGGUUGCCAGUCGCCAGGUCCGCCCAUGGCGCCACGGUCUAUAGUGACAAACUGUGGAUCUUUGCGGGCUACGAUGGCAAUGCCAGGUUGAACGACAUGUGGACCAUUGGCCUCCAGGACCGGGAGCUCACAUGCUGGGAGGAGGUGGCCCAGAGCGGCGAGAUCCCGCCGUCCUGCUGCAACUUCCCGGUGGCCGUGUGCCGGGACAAGAUGUUUGUGUUCUCGGGACAGAGCGGAGCCAAGAUAACCAACAACCUCUUCCAGUUUGAGUUCAAGGACAAGACGUGGACGCGCAUCCCCACGGAGCACCUGCUUCGUGGCUCCCCACCGCCCCCACAGCGGCGCUACGGGCACACCAUGGUGGCCUUUGACCGCCACCUCUACGUGUUCGGGGGCGCGGCAGACAACACGCUGCCUAACGAGCUGCACUGCUAUGAUGUGGACUUCCAGACCUGGGAGGUCGUCCAGCCCAGCUCCGACAGCGAGGUCGGUGGGGCUGAGGUGCCAGAGCGAGCAUCUGCGUCCGAGGAGGCGCCUGCCCUAGCCUCUGAGGAGCGGGGUGGCUUCAAGAAGUCCCGAGAUGUGUUUGGCCUGGACUUCGGCACCACCACAGCCAAGCAGCCUGCCCCGCCAGCCUCCGAGCUGCCAAGCGGAAGGCUCUUCCACGCAGCCGCUGUCAUCUCGGACGCCAUGUACAUCUUCGGGGGCACCGUGGACAACAACAUCCGCAGUGGGGAGAUGUACCGGUUCCAGUUCUCCUGUUACCCCAAGUGCACGCUGCAUGAGGACUACGGGCGUCUGUGGGAGAGCCGCCAGUUUUGCGACGUGGAGUUUGUGCUGGGCGAGAAGGAGGAGUGUGUGCAGGGCCACGUGGCCAUUGUCACCGCCCGGAGCCGCUGGCUCCGAAGGAAGAUCGUGCAGGCGCGGGAGCGGCUGGCCCAGAAACCGGAGGAGGAGGCAGCCCCGGCUCCCAGGGAGGUCCCUGGUGGGGCCGUAGGGGGGGCCCGGCCGCCCCUGCUGCGUGUGGCCAUCCGCGAGGCUGAGGCCCGGCCGUUCGAAGUGCUCAUGCAGUUCCUUUACACAGACAAGAUCAAGUACCCACGGAAAGGCCACGUGGAGGACGUGCUGCUCAUCAUGGACGUGUACAAGCUGGCGCUGAGCUUCCAGCUGUGCCGCCUGGAGCAGCUGUGCCGACAGUACAUCGAGGCCUCUGUGGACCUGCAGAAUGUGCUAGUCGUGUGCGAGAGCGCCGCCAGGCUGCAGCUGGGCCAGUUAAAGGAGCACUGCUUGAACUUCGUGGUGAAGGAGUCCCACUUCAACCAGGUGAUCAUGAUGAAGGAGUUCGAGCGCCUCUCUUCCCCACUGAUCGUGGAGAUCGUGCGGCGGAAGCAGCAGCCGCCUCCCCGUGCCCCCUCAGAGCAGCCCGUGGACAUCGGCACAUCUCUGAUCCAGGACAUGAAGGCGUACCUGGAGGGAGCGGGUGCGGAGUUCUGUGACAUCACUCUGCUGCUGGAUGGGCACCCGAGGCCGGCCCACAAGGCCAUCCUGGCCGCCCGUUCCAGCUACUUUGAGGCCAUGUUCCGGUCCUUCAUGCCGGAGGACGGCCAGGUGAACAUCUCCAUCGGGGAGAUGGUGCCCAGCCGGCAGGCCUUCGAGUCCAUGCUGCGUUACAUCUACUACGGUGAGGUCAACAUGCCGCCCGAGGACUCCCUCUACCUGUUUGCGGCCCCCUACUAUUACGGCUUCUACAACAACCGGCUGCAGGCGUACUGCAAGCAGAACCUGGAGAUGAACGUGACGGUGCAGAACGUACUUCAGAUCCUGGAGGCAGCUGACAAGACGCAGGCGCUGGACAUGAAGCGGCACUGCCUACACAUCAUCGUGCACCAGUUCACCAAGGUCAGGGCCCUCCCGGCCCCGCGGGAGCCGCCCUCUCCUCCUCGGGGGCCGCUGCCCCUUGGCCUUGGCCAGGUGCGGGGUGGGGCGCAUGGAAGCUGCUCAUCUCCCACGGCAGUGGGCCCCCCGGGGUUAGCCAGGCAGAGGGCCCGGCCACUGGCCACUCGGAGUCAGCCCGCGCCCUGGCUUGGUGGCGCUCCAGGGAGACUCCGAAGCCCACCCCGGCCCUCAGGAGAAUCCGGUUCCAUCCUGCUUGGGCCUUCUGAUUGCCUCAUGCAGGUUUCCAAGCUGCCCACCCUGCGCUCGCUGAGCCAGCAGCUGCUGCUUGACAUCAUAGACUCCCUGGCCUCCCACAUCUCCGACAAGCAGUGCGCGGAGCUGGGCGCCGACAUAUGAGGGCCCCCGCGGUGCUGGCCCCCUCGAGAGUAACCAUGCCUGCUCCUGCCCUGCCCGCUACAGACUAUGCCGGCCACGCUGAGGCCUGAGGCAGAGUGGUUGGCCCCUAUUGCACUGCUGAGGACACAGGUCCCACAGGGAGUGGAUGGCAAAACAAGCCCCCCAGGCGGAAUCCUCUCCUCAGUUGGAGGCACGGAUGGGAAGCCAGGGCCCAGCGAUGGGAGAGCCCACCACGGAGCUGGUGUGGGGCCACCCAUCCAGCAGGGACAGCAUGGCUUAUGAAUCCGGCCACUGGGUCCUAUUGCCAAGGCCCCUCUGAUGUGGGGGCUACACAGUAACCCCUUGCCUUCACCGAGGUUGCUGUAAGGGCCCCUGCUAUUGCCCGGAGCUUGUGGGUGGGCAACAGUAAUGGGCACAUGGAAUCUGACUCCGGAUGAAUUUUGGGGGGGGGGCGGGGGAAGGGCCCUGAGUCAGCUCCGAGCCUGAGGGGGCAGCCACUCUGGCCCGGGCCUGGCUUCCAGAGGAGUUGCAGGAUCCCACCCCACUGUGUGUACAUCAGGGGCCCCCAGCUGCACCAGGGAAGAGUCAGUGAAGGUGCCCCCCCAGGUCCCCAUCUGUCCCUAAAUAUUCUUUCUCAUAGACAUGCCGUGAAGACCACAGUAGUGCUGAUCUGCUAUGCACACCUCAUGGCCAUAGUCCCUCCCUGAGCGGAGGACGACGGAUCUUGUGGCCCAGGUGCUUGGGACCGACCAGUCGUGUUCGGUUCUCUAUCCGUGUCAGCAACUCCUGCCCCAUGUGGGGUGACCCAGUAGUGGUGGGGAGUGUAGGGGGAGGGCUGUGGCGGAAAUCCAGGCUAGCCGCUCCCCUCCCGAGGGAAACCCUGGAGUCCCAAGGCUGUCUUGCUCCCGCACUGCACCAGAGGCUUCUGCCUAGGCUGGGAAGCUAAGGACUGGCCACCACAUCCUCCCCCAUCCCGCAACAGAAGGCCCUGGGAGUCCACCCUAACGCAGAAAGCACUGGUCUGCCUCCUUUCUGGCAACAAGCACCCCAGGGACCCUCUGCCCUGGCUACCAGGAAGCUACUUUAGGGGAAACAGUCCUUCACAUCCUCCUUCCAGUUGUGCCCCCAUGCAAACAUGGCGCCUGCCACCCCUCGGCCCUUGCUGAAGAACCCCAGGUGCUGUGUACACACGGAUGGGGAGUCCCGGUGGCAGGUGGGGUGCCCUCAGGUGAGGCGAGUCCACAAGGCCGCCAGCAAGCUGAAAUGGCCCGGCGUUAAGAGGAGCCUCUGUGUGUCUAGAAACCUCAGUGAAUGAUCUGCAAACCCUGCUCUACAGUGGACCCCUGUAACCGGUCGCUUGACUUUCUCUUCUAAACAUACGAAUAAAUGGACUUACACACCAA